CUUUAUUCUCCAUUUUACAUCUUUCUGUGCUUCUCGCCUCAUGACCAUGGGAGGACACACUGACAAACCGGGUCCGGUGAAUUCGGUCGGAGGAGCCGUUCAGUGACAGCUGCUGUUCUCUGACUGACAGACAGACCGGUGAAACGUGACGGACAGGUAAACCAAAUCAAUGGCCGGGGGGAAACCGACAACACAAGAUAUGCAGUAAGGGUUGAAUGGUGUGGUUAUUUCGGACUUUACUGUUGUGGCUGAAGUAUGGGGUCGUUUUAGCCGGUAACGACCGGACCGGAGGUUUGUGUCUGGUUUUGUCUGCGCUCCGUCCCCUGCGGUGGACACAACUGAAAAGACCGGGGACACGGACGGAGACAGGGCUGUUUUUGUGUCGGCUGUUUCGGCGGAGACAUGGCAGCGGCCAUAGCCAGCGGUUUGAUCCGGCAGAAGCGACAGGCGCGAGAGCAACACGCCCACCGACCGACUGCUCACCGGCGGCGGAAGAGCCCCGGUAAGAAGCAGGGGCUGUGCAACGGGAACCUGGUCGACAUCUUCUCCAAAGUCCGGAUAUUUGGAUUGAAGAAGAGGAGGCUACGGAGACAAGAACACAGCUGAAGGGCAUAGUGACCAGGUUGUUCUGCAGGCAGGGCUUCUAUCUCCAGAUGGGCCAGGAUGGAAGUCUGGACGGGACCAAAGACGACAGCACCAAUUCCUCUCUGUUUAACUUAAUUCCUGUGGGUCUGAGAGUUGUGGCCAUCCAAUCAGUCAAGACUGGCCUCUACAUCGCCAUGAACGGAGAGGGUCACCUCUACUCCUCGGAACUGUUUACAGCAGAGUGUAAGUUUAAGGAGUCGGUGUUUGAGAACUACUAUGUGAUCUACAGCUCUAUGCUCUACAGACAGAAGGAGUCGGGCCGGGCCUGGUUUCUGGGCCUCAAUAAAGAAGGACAGGCCAUGAAGGGCAACAGGGUCAAAAAGACCAAACCAGCUGCACAUUUUCUGCCUAAACCUAUAGAAGUUGCGAUGUACCGAGAGCCUUCGUUGCAUGACGUAGGGGAGGCGGUGCCUAAACUGGCCGUGGGGCCGCCCUCCAAAAGCACAACCAGCGAACCAGUGGUCAUGAACGGCGGAAAGCCAGUCAACAAACCCGACAAGGAGGAGACAUAACCCCGUCCCCCCACUUCACCCCACCCCACCCCCACCCCCGGUACAAACAGAAGCCGGGAAAUAAAAGCCAGAGCCUCGCCCCACUGCUGCACCCUCAGAAAACUAAACUGUCUUAAAAAGUACUAAACUCAAACAGCGCAAGUUGUGACCGGUCAGCAGUGGGGCCACAAGUCCUGCCUCACCUUUCUCCCUAUUGGUUGGAACUGGUGUUGUGGGCGGAGCAUGAGAGGCUGGGAAAAAGAAGGUGAUGAAAUAACACAGGAAGAAAGCAGUAAAGGCGGGCCGGAUGUUUUGUAACCAGCCCCGUUAUGGGAGACAAAAGACUUCUUAAAACAUAUAGAGAAGAGAAAAUACUAUAAAAGGACAGAAAGUCAUCUUCACCGGUAUUUUUCUGUGACAAUCUGUAAGAAUGAGGCCCCUUUUUUCCUCUCCUGAUAGUACUGUUUUCUGUUGCCAGCUGUGCUUCUUGCUUGUCGGUGGCUAUAGACACACACACGCACACACACACACACACACACAUACACACACACACACACAUAACCGCCACCUGAAAUCGACCAGUUGGAUUCGAUCUUUAAGUAAAUAAAGGACAGAUUAAAAACAUCAGCGAAAAGAACACUUUAAACUGCAAAUACUGAUGAUUCAGAGGAUGCUUAGUCAUCGAUCAAUUACAAAAUUUGGAGUAGGAUGCGCUGUACUAAACUUCCAGUAUUCUUUACAGGCCCAUCCUUUAACACGUCCCUUAUUUUAACUACUAUAUAUCUGUUUCCAGUUCUGCACAUUUGUUUGAACACCAUGUAGCUUACAGCAUGUUUGUCUUUUCCGUACUCCCUGAUUAUCUAUUUGUUAGGUGGUUUGCUAUUCUGCACACACAAAGCACUAGUGAUUAUCGAGCUGCAUUGUCAUACAGAGACAGAUUCUCACUUCUAUCUCUGUCUGACAAGCUUUUUCUGACCCUUUACUUAUGCUAUUAUUUCCACACGGCUCACAAAAGUGCAGCUCAGGAGAGGAACUCAAGUGUCAGAUGAAGAGUUUCGGCAUCAAAUUGCUCAAGUCGGCAUGUAGCUGAACGCUACAACUAGAGCGAUUUACAUAAAUUCCCUGUUUGUAGCAACUUGGAGUGUAGAUGGAGGGGGGGGCAUGCUAGUGUGUAAGUAGCAUUAGCAGUAGCAGUCAGUGUUUACAUGGAGUAGCAGAGCAGACAUUGUAGGCAGAGGGAGGUCAUGCAGAGUUCUCAACCAUCAUGGGAACCUGCAGGUUGUGUGUAUUUCUGUUGCCUUCCCCGAUACUUGAAUUUAAAGGUAGGAAUAAGGGUAAGA